AUCAUUUGUCACGCUAUCACUGGCAUCAAAUGCUACAUGUUAUUCAAUAUUACGAGUGUUUAGCAAUUUUUUGUUUUUUUCUAAUAUAAAGUGAGCAAAAGUUUGGAAUUUUUAAUCCAAGUUUGAAUUUACGAAUGUAUUAUUUGAGAAUACCGCCCUAUCUUUAAACUCGGUGGCCAAAAGUAAGAUGUCACUUCAUAUGGUAUCACGGUUGGGUAGAGAGAAAAUUAGUUUGGUUUUAUUUUUUUUAUUUUACCCAAAAAAAAAGGUAAAAACAAAUGGCUAGGAAUUUUUUUUAUCAAAAAAAGUUUGUGAGGAGCUUUCUCCUGUUAAACUCUCUUUAUUUUUCUCUAUUUUUUCAAACAAUAACAUUAGACAGUAGGGACCUUAUCGUAAAUUCAAUUCCACAAAAGACGGCUUCAGCCCUUUGGGCUUAUAUAUGGUCCAGCCCACACCAAUACACUCUUUCGGUAUCAAGAUUAAACCGGUUUUUUUACCACCUGGACCGCUUCUUUUACAUAAAAUGCACGAACCGUAGUCCCUUUAUCUUUCAUCGUCAUCCCCUUCCGAUUCGAUCCCAAGCAGGUUGACCUAAAUUUGUUUCCAGAUUUCCCCAAAUUUCUUAUCAUAAUCGUUGAAUCGGUUGUCCGUUUGUUUGAAUUCGAAUCUCCGCUGUCGAUUAAUCCCAAAUUCUACCCAAUCCGUUGGCCUCGCACAAUUCUAGGGUUUCGACUCUGAAUCGGCCCCUUUCGCCUCGUAAUAUUCCAAUCCCUCUCGUUUAUUGGAUCUAUUUUCUGUCUUCUUGCUUUGCCCUCUCGAAUUUGCUCCUAAUUUUGUAUAUUUUUUCGGCCGCGUCGAAUUUCUAGGGUUUCGAAGAGUUCGUCUCAUUAGGGUUUGUUCUUUGUGUAAUUUCGGUUAGGGGUUUUGUUCGGCUCACCUCUCUAUCGCCAUUUCGUGUAUUUUUUUGUCAAUAAUUCCACGAUUUCACUUGGUAAUUGCAAUUUCUAGGGUUAGGGUUUUCUAAAAAAAUUCACCUUCUUUAUUUGGUAAAAUUGGAUUAGGGUGACGGUUCCUAAGGCCGGUCAAUCUGUUUCUGUUCAUAAUUCAGCGUUCAAUUGUAUUACUUAAGCCGUCUACUGUUCCUCUGAAGAAUUAAUAGAGGUUAAUAUGGGAUUCAAAAGGCCCUUUGAUGAUGGAGUUCCAGGAGCUUCCUUAUAAGCACUCAAGACAGCAUGAAUUCGGUGAUAGGCGCUCACCAUUUUCUGAUGCUGUUCCUUGUAAUGGCGCUCCCCGAAAAACUUGUGUUUCAGGGGAGAAUCGGAAUGGUGAUUGUAAAUCUCAGUGGCUUGACAUUCUUGAAAAAUACAGUGUUGCUGAAGGUUCAACAUCUGUCAACAAGGGUUGUGCUUCCUUCUCAUCGGUAACUAGGAGUUGUGGUGAAGAAGAUGUGCGGUCUGGACCAGAUGCUUAUUCAACUCCUACUGAGGAUUUCAAAUUUGACUUCCCAAGGAGAACAUGUGUUCCUUGCAAGGAUGCUUAUUCUUCUUUGUUUGACUGCUCUCCAAGAAAACAAGUUCCUGUUGGACCAGAUCAUCAGGCCAUUAUCCCCACUUGGAGUGGACGCAUGAAUUUGUCGGAUCAGAAAGAUGAGAUUAAUAAUGACAGUGAGGAAAAGCUUUUAGGAACUUGUGUCAUUCCAAUGCCUGUGUCAGACCUAUCACCUCUUGAGUGUGAUAAGGUUGGACUUGGUCGAACAGAUUGUAGCUGCCUGGACGCAGGUUCAGUCAGGUGUGUGCGACAGCAUGUCAUGGAAGCACGGGAAGAACUUAGAAGAACCCUUGGAAAUGAAAAGUUUGUGAAGUUGGGGUUUUGUGACAUGGGGGAGGAAGUGGCACGACGAUGGAGUGAAGAAGAAGAGCAGACCUUUCUUGAGGUUAUUUACUCCAAUCCUGCAUCAUUGAGGAGGAAGUUUUGGAAGCAGUUGUCUGCAGUGUUCCCUUCUCGAAGUAAAAGGGAACUGAUCAGCUAUUAUUUUAAUGUGUUCAUGCUUCGCACGCGGGGUGCUCAGAACAGGUCUAGUAUACUAGACAUAGAUAGUGAUGAUGAUGAGUGGCAUGUAAACGAUGGGGGUUCCAAUGACGGGAGAAUUGCUGAAGAUGAUGAAGACUCCGUUGUUGAGUCUCCUUAUUAUCAAGGUGAUCAUUUGGGCCAUGAAGAGGAUUACUCCGAAGAAGAUAGUAGUGAUGAUGAUGAUGGUGACGGUGAUGGUGAUGUGGGGCAUGUUGGAGGAGAUUCUAGCGAAGAAGAUGGCGGGAUAGAUCAUGUGGCACAAUCAUACAUGCUGAACUCAGUUAACGAAGGAAAGUUUGAUACAGUUGGGGAUUGGGAAAAUAAUUCAGGGUGUACUGGAGAGGAAUUUGAUUUCCAAGAUGACUCGUGCGUAUCUUUCGAAUUUCAGUCCUAUAUGCAUGACAGCAAAUGCUUGGAUAGCCAACCGGAUGCAUCCGGUGAUGUAGCUGGUCAUGCAUAUUUAUCGGAGCCUUGCAACGCUAAAGUUUGGGACGCCAGAUUCACGGUGGACACCAUGAAAGGCGAUGAUCUACUGCCGACGUGGAGUAUGAUUGAAGGCAUAUUCGAUCAAGGCAUGGAGGAUUACAGGAUGAAGGAUGAGCGCAAGGCUCCAGCUGGUGGCUAGUCGCGUGUGGGUUAGGAAAUAAUUCUUUUAACCCAAAUAAUUGUUACCGUAAAUUCUGUACAGCUCUUGUUUUGAGAUUGGAAGCUAAGUUUCUAUGCAAGGGAGCUUUUCUCAAUUUAUUUUUUUUUCUGUUUAUUAAUAUUUUUUUCCCGAAGCACAGGUGAUUUGAUAUCCGGUGUUUCUUUUUGUACAAAAAUCCAUGGAAUCAGAUAUUCCUCCUGUAUAUGUCAAGUUUUCUCAUUGGAAUAUUCCUGUCAUUUGUAA